UGUGUGGACGGCGCGCGUUCGACCGGUUCAAGCUAAGCCAGCGUGCGCGCCGGUUAUAUUAGGUGCUUAGGUGCAACCGCCGCGACGACACGCUCGGAGGUGGCCGUUAGACCAUUUGGUCACAGUAGCUAGCGGGUCACAACGGCCCUCACCCAAACGAAACAGAAUUCCCCCUUCAGCCUCGGGGCCUCGCUCUACACCUGGGCCGACCCGCACAGCAGGCUUUCUUCUCCCAUUUGCUCACCCAGUGCAGAUCAAAUCAUCCAAACAUGGCAACAAGCUAAGCGCGAGCGCGCAUCCCCCUCUCUCUGUCUCUCUUGAAGAUCUAGAAACCCGCCAUUGGCAAGCUAGUGCUGUGCUGGUGUGCCGUGCCGUGACGAAGCGCGCGCGCGUGCAUGGGUGCGUAACACGUUCAAGUAAGCGAGCUGGACUGGAUCGGAUUGGCAUGCAAAUGGAAGACGACGGAAUCAGCGAGCUAUAUCUGCUCAGCCGCUUCGCGCCAUCCUCGUCCACUCCUCAUCGUCACCUCAGGGCUGCACAGAUAGCCAUGGACCAUCAGGACCUGUCUUCGGAGCUGGACCCGGCGCUGCUCAUGUCGACGUCGACGUCCUCCUCGUCGCCGCCAGGCUCGGCCUCGCCCUCGCCCUCCUCCUCCUCCUUCUCCCACCCGUCCCCGCCCCACUACACCUUUGCCGUCAACAACCUCUCAUGCCCCGCCCCUCGCCGCCGCGCCGCCGCCACCAACCUCCUGCCGUCGUUCCUGUCCUCCGCUUCGCCGGCGGCCACCGACGGUGCCGCCGGCGCGGCGGGCCUGCUCAAGUCCGUGUCCUUCACCGCCUCCAGCUCCAACAUCCUCGCCGUCGUGGGCCCCAGCGGCGCCGGCAAGUCGACGCUGCUCCGCAUCCUGUCCGGCCGCGGCACGGGCUCCGAGAUCGCCAAGCCCGGCACGGUGUCGCUCAACGGCCACGCGGUCGCCUCCCGCGCGCAGCUGCGCCGGCUCUGCGGGUUCGUCACGCAGGACGACAACCUGCUCCCGCUCCUCACGGUCCGCGAGACCAUCCUCUUCGCCGCGCGGUUCAGGCUCCGCGCCGCCGACGCGGCCACCGCCGGGGAGCGCGUCGAGGCGCUCAUGCAGGAGCUCGGCCUGUCCGAGGUCGCCGACAGCUACGUCGGCGGCGGCGACGGCUGCGGGCUCUCGGCCGCCCGCGGUGUGUCCGGGGGCGAGCGGAAGCGGGUGUCCAUCGCGGUGGACAUCGUGCACGACCCGCCGGUGCUGCUGCUGGACGAGCCCACGUCGGGGCUGGACAGCCGCUCCGCGCUGGACGUGCUGCAGCUGCUCCACGACGUGUCCCGCGCGCGCCGCCAGGUGGUGGUGCUCAGCAUCCACCAGCCCAGCUACCGCAUGCUGCGCUACAUCUCCUCGCUGCUUCUCCUCUCCCGCGGCGCCGUCGCGCACUUGGGCACGCUCAAGACGCUGGAGGACGCGCUGGCGCGGCUGGGCCACAAGAUCCCCACGCAGCUCAACCCGCUGGAGCUCGCCAUGGAGGUCACCGGCCAGCUCGAGGAGGACCACCGCUCCCGGUCCAGGAUCGCCGCCGCGCACGGUGAUCGCCACGCCGACGACGAGGAAGAGGUGACCCGCCUUGUGAUCAGUGGACGACGACGACGCCGGCUCGACGUCCCCGACCAGGGCUACUGCAGCCGGUUCACGGAGGUGGCGGCGCUGACGGUGCGGUGCUGGCGGACCAUGUACCGCACGCGGGAGCUGUUCGCGGCGCGCGCCGCGCAGGCCGUGGUGGGCGGCCUGGGACUCGGCAGCGUCUACUUCCGGCUGAGCCCGGACAGCCCCGACGGCGUGGCGCUCCGGCUGGGGCUGUUCGCCUUCACGCUCAGCUUCCUGCUCUCGUCCACCGUGGAGGCGCUGCCCGUCCUCCUCCACGAGCGCCGCGUGCUGAUGCGGGAGGCAUCCAGGCGCGCGUACCGCCUCUCCUCGUACGUGGUGGCCAACGCGCUCGUCUUCGCGCCGUGCCUCCUCGCCGUGUCGCUGCUCUUCUCGGCGCCGCUCUACUGGCUGGCGGGGCUCCGCGCCACGCCGCUCGCCGCCUUCGCCUUCUUCGUCCUCGCCGUCUGGCUCAUCGUGCUCAUGGCCAGCUCGCUCGUGCUCUUCCUCAGCGCCGUGUCGCCGGACUUCGUGCUAGGGAACGCACUCAUCUGCGUGUUCCUGGGCGUCUUCUUCCUCUUCUCCGGCUACUUCAUCCCCAAGGACAGCAUCCCGAGGUACUGGGCGUUCAUGUACUACGUGUCCAUGUACAGGUACCCGCUGGACCUGCUGCUCAUCAACGAGUACGGGGGCAGCGCGAGGGGCAAGUGUGUGGCGUGGAUGGGACGAAACAGUGACGCCAUGACCGGCGGCGUGUGCUUGAGGACCGGAGCCGACGUGCUCAGGGACAGGGGCAUCGACGAGGGGAUGAAGUGGGUCAACGUCGGGGUCAUGCUGGGGUUCUUCCUGCUCUACAGGCUCAUGUGCUGGGCUGUGCUCAUCAGGAGGGCCUCCAAGACCACCCUGUGACUGUGAUCGCUUCAAGGACCAGGGUUAUUAAAUUAGUUUGAUUCAGGCCAAGAGCUCUGUGUCUCAGCAUGCAUUGCAAUAAUAUCUUAUUAUAUCUUGGAGGUGAAGAGAGUUAUUAGUUGAUUAAAUUGGUUCAUGUAAUUAUUGUAGUAAUAUCUUAUCUUGUAUUCCUUACUUUGAAUAUUUUUGGCUAUUUUUUGGGUAGGUGUUGAGUCACUAAAGUGAUGUUAAUCCGUGGCGUGCUAUGUGGAUCUGAAUAUAUUUUCAGUAAUCAAUCGCAGUUCUUCCAAUAAUAAAUUGGGCAAUCUUGGCUCUUCAUCAA